AUGGCGUUGCUGAUGUUUGCUUGCAUCGCGUUUGCGAUCGCCGGCAACCAUCUUGUUUUGCGCAGGAUGAUUGGACCGAACCAAGCUGAUUUUGAAAACGAUUUGGAGAAGAAGUUAAGUAUCAGAGUGACUCAGGGCGACUUCACGCUUCAAAUUACAGUCGAAGUGCAAAACGUUAAUGAUAACCCGAUUUAUAUUACGGGGAAUCGUUGUGAACAAAAAGAAAAUAAUGAUGAAAAUUAUAUCAAUGAGGAAUGCGUAUAUACCAUCACGGAUGCCGACGGAUUGUCUGAGCAUCUAGAAUUUGGUUUUAGUCCGGAUAGGUUCAGAAUGUCCAAGGAACCAAAUGAACUUAAAGGACAAGAGAGAGCAGAGCUGAACUUAAAAUUUUUAAAAUCUGAAGAUUUCGAAACGGAAAAUACAGUUGCUCUAACCUGGACAGCAAAAGACGAAGAAUAUAAAGAAGAAGGAGAAUUUGCGGAAUUAUUCAUUCUGGUAAAAAUUAUUGACAUGCCUGAUAUGCCAACUGAAUGGAAUGAUUAUAUUGGUACAAUUUCCAUCAAAGAAGAGGAAUCUGUGACUCGUACCCUUAAAGCUAGAGAUGGAGAUAUUCAAAUUGCUGAAACUAUUCAAUAUAAACUAGAAUGUGAACCCCAGCAAUGUCCACACAUAGAACUGGUAGGGGAUCAGCUGAAAAUUGGUCCCUAUAUCUUGGAUGAUCCCUUAGACAAUAGCUUCAGUUUUGAUGUGACUGCCUUUGAAUCACACAUUGAAGCAAGCCAAACAGUUUACAUACAAAUUAUGGACAUAAACAAUAACAAACCGGAAAUAUCAGUGUCGCUGCUUGAGUUUGAAAUAGAAGAAGAAACAAACACCCUUCCACCCAAGUUAUCUAUCACAAUAAGCGAUAAAGACGCUGGAAAGUAUGGCACGUACACAGUUUCAUUGGAAAGCGAGAAGUUGCCAAAUAUCAAGGAAAUUAUGCAAAUUAUUCCGGAGUCAGGCUAUCAAACAACCCAAUUCAAUAUCAUAAUAACCGACGCAGAAAAAUUGGACUACGAUGACGAAAAUAUGGACGUACCCGCAAUUGUUGAUGUCAUUAUUAAGGUGGAACCGGCCGAUCCGGAGCAUCUGUCUGAUCACACUGUUGAAGAAACAAUAAAGAUUACCCUCAAGGAUUUAAAUGAUGAAUCACCAAUAUGGAAAGAACCUAAGUACGAGGUGAAAGUUUUGGAAACGUUUGGUCGAACUGAAAUUGAAGAAAUAAAAAUAGACGAUCACCAAUUUUUCGCAACGGAUAAUGAUAAAGAGGAAGUGUUCAACACAAUAACUUAUGAGUUAGGUCCUGCGGCCCAACAACUUCUGACUCUAGAAACCACAACCCCCGAAAAGGAAAAGAAUCUUGUUUUAAAGACAAAGACAGUGUCGGGUACUACAAAACAAUUAUUUGACUAUGAACGGGAGAAAAGUAUUAUAAUUCCAAUCACAGCCACGGAUGGACUAAACACCGCCACCGUUCAGUUGACCAUUAAUUUAGAUGACGUCAAUGAUGAAAUGCCCACGUUGGAUGCGGAUACACAAACAGCUGAUAUUAAAGAAAAAUCAGACAUUGACACUAAAAUUGAUAUAAAUUUGGAGAGUAAUGAUGCUGAUGAAUCAAGCGAGCUUAAAUACGGAAUUGAUGAAGGUGAUGAUGAUUCGUAUGUUCUUAAACGCGGAAAGAAGUUGAUGUGGUCCGAUCAUCGUUGCAUUUCUAUUAAUGAAGAGACCGGCGAAUUGAAAUUAACACAAGAACCAGACUAUAAUGUGUUCGAUACAAUUUAUCUACAAGUUUAUGUCGAGGACCUGAAAGCUGAAGUUCCAAAACCUCAGAAAACAAAACUGAGACUAAUUAUUAACAUCGAAAAUAUCCCUGACAUGCCAUUGGAGUUUGAUGACAACACAUUUAUAGAUAAUGCUGUUGUUGAACAUUCAGAAAAAGGUUUAACUAUUGGUGUAAUCAAAGCGACAGACCCAGACGCACCCGGAUGGAAGGAAAUUGUGUUUAGUUUAAAGGAGAAACCUGAUACGCCAGUUGGAUUAGUUUCCAUUCAUCCGGAUUCUGGGAAACUUACGGUUAGUGGUGAAAUUGAUGCUGAUUUUACUGACCAUAAUCCCAAAGGAUUGUUUGAUUUGAAAUAUGAAGUGACGGCUACUGUUGAUGACCAAAUCCACAGAUUCGAAGUUAAAGAUUUAACAAUAAGUAUCAAAGAUAUUGAUGACAACAAGCCAAAACCAGAAAAUAAUACGUUUAAUUUUUCGAUUGAAGAACAUAGCGAUGUAUUAAUUGGUUCAGAUGGCCAUAUUAAGGUGACCGAUAGCGACAGGGAUGAGAAGAACAGCCAAUUUGAAUGUAGAAUUGAUAUUGAUAGUGAUAUUAAAGAUAUCUAUGCAGCCGACACAGAUGAAACUGGAUGCAUAAUCAAAAUCGUAAAUGGUAAAAAAAUUGAGCGGGAUGGAAGCAACGGUCGAGAGAAACACACCUUUAAUCUGAUUGCUUAUAACCCAAAUACCAUUGUUGAAUCAUCUAUUAUUCCGAUUGAAAUUGAAAUCAAAGAUAUCAACGACAAUUAUCCAUCGAUUACAACAGAUCUUCAGUUCACUGCAAAUGAAGAAGAUAAAGAGCAAAAGGUAUUGGGCGUCAUAACAGGUGUCGAUGAGGAUAGCGAAGAGAAGAAUAUCAAAAUUCUUUACGAGCUGAUAAACAUAGAAAAACAUGAUGGCGAUGAUAAUUCACAAUUGACGUUAGAAGACUUUGAGAUAGAAAAAAUUGGUGGUCAACUAAGGAAUUCUAAAUUCAAAAUAAAGAAAAAUUUGGAACAUUUUAUGGCACUUACACACUGACCUUCAAAGCAACCAAUGAUUUAGCUGAUAACAAGUGGUACACUGAUAAUAAUACAGUCACACUAGUUGUAGAAAGUACAACUACAAAAGUGUCAGUUUUGUGGGAGCACUUGCUAAUCCCGAUCCAGUCAUUAUUUUGAGUGAUGCCCAAGAAGCAAAUAAACCGUUGCAUCAACAUGGUCCGAAUGCACCGGAUCUCGAAAACUUUGAAGCCACUGACAAUCAAGGAAACAAAUAUGCGUUGGAAUUUAAAAUAAUCGAUAAUUGCUUAGUGGACGGACAAGACUUAUUCAAACUGCUUGGCGUCAAGGAUCAAACAGCUCAACUGCAAUUGACGUCUGCCGUGAAUCUUCCAGACAGAUGUAUACUGACAAUCACAGCUCAGAGCAUAGGCGCCACCCCACACCAUGAUGAAGCAAAAGUUGAAGUUAAAAUCAUAUUCCUAGACAAUGACGCCGGGCCGGUUUUUGAACAGACCGAAUUUUCGUGUGAGUGGGUUGAAAUGGAUAUAGGUCCUUUGAAAUGCCAACUACCGGAAGCAAAACAAUACACAGAGACCCGACACAAUACGUUUGCUGAUACCAAUAUUAAAUAUUAUAUUUCUGAAAGUGUACCUGAAGGUGCUUACGAAAUCACCGACCCAAUGGUGAUAAGUGUCAAUGUUGCGAAAAGAAAUCGAUUUGAACGAGCUGGGAGACGAAAAAUCAUGGUUUAAAGUCGAAGCAUCAUACAAUACAGUG